CGUAGUACGCAUACCAAGGACGCAUUCAUGCACUGACUGCCUGAUCUAACGAUAAAAAGUACAUUGCCUAAUGGAGGCUGUCACAGCACUAAAAAACAUGGGUUUACUACCAGAGCUUGGCAGUGAUGAGGAAGGAAACAAUAAGUUGUUACAGCAGGCCCAGCAGGUGUGGAACAUGCUGGAUGACCUGGCAGACAAUGACCCCCAAGGAUACCAACGUUUUAUCCAGAAACAGACAGCAGACUACAAAGAGAUGACUGCACCACCUCAGCCAUAUAUGUGUGUCAAGACUCAUUUCCAGGCAGGGGAGGCUUUGUACGUCAACAUCAUGUCCUGGGCCAGAAUUCCAGCACCAAAGUCACAACAUGACAACAUUCCACUCUUUGCAGCUCCAGUAAUGGAUGACAAGAAAGGAGAAAGAAAAGAAAUAUCCACAGUUUCCAUAACAACAAACCCGCAAGUGCUGAAAGACUGUGCCAAGGAUAGAUCCCAGAUGACCAUGUUUAUUCACUUGGUGCUUGAGUAUCUCGAACAUCUGUGUCAUCAACCAGUGACUCAACACUUUGAGGUUCUGCCUGAUGACUCAUCUUUCAAAGGGGAUCUACAGGCAGUUCAGAAUGGUUUUCUUCAAGCGCUGCACAAGUCUCUUGAGAAGAGAGACAAUCAUAGUAAAAUGGAUGACGGCAAGGGGAAAGAGAGUGAAGACUCUGUUCUAACACAGCUGUCAAAGAUCACUGUAUGUGCAGAUGGUGCCAGCAAUGGGCAAAAGUUGACACCCACAGGCCUCAACACUAAUACAAAUAAGAAAGUACUCAUUGAGGAGAUAGAAGUUACUAAGAAUCUAAUCACUCCCAAGUAUGACCUGCAUAUUUCCCAAGCAUCAAAUACCUUAGUCUUGACGGUUCAUCUGCCGCAUGUGACAUCAGUGUCGCAGUGUCAACUGGAUGUUUCUCAGGAUGAUGUGAAGCUGCAAGUUUCAGACAAAAACUACCUGACUGUUACCUUUCCUGUUGUUGUUGAUGACACUAAAGCGUUAGCUCGCUUCAACAAGAAGUUAUCAACGCUGACCCUGCAUGUGCCAGUUGUAGCAGAAAAAAAUAUCCCCUGACCACAUAUUAUUGUUGUGCCAAAAACUUUAUGCAUGAACCCAAUAUAUAAGUUACAGCAUA